AUGUUCUCCGCCGAUCAAGAACAAAGCGAUGCCAGAAACAUUGAUAAUGCUGAGCGGGACGGGAUUAUUCACGGACGUGGGGAGACCGUGACUGUGACGGGACGGCAGACCAUCGUCCUUCCUUCUUCCCUUCCUUCCACCACGACAGCAGAACUGGCUGCUGGCGACUCUUACGAUCUGUCGAGAACGAGCUCAAAGAGCGUUACCCUGUCUUCCCGCUACCGCUGGAAAGGACCGCAUAUUGCUCUUGGUGCGCCUACCCGAUACCUACCGACGGGAAGAUGUUGUGCUCAUGGUCCUAGGAAGAUGUCAAUGCUACAUCUUCUGCCUCGCCGUGCGCUUUCCGAAACCUUCCUCCGUUCUGUAGUCGGAUGCAUCGAUUAUCGCGCUGAACGAGCUCGUCAGCGCGGAGGACAGAACCAUCGCGAGUAUCCAGUGGUCAAGAUGAGAGAAGGAGGAUGUAGUGUCAGUGACAUUUUUGGUCCUGGUGGUGAGGCGACGGCGGGUGGUACGAGUGGUUUGGCAUCGUCAUCGUCAACCCCGGGCUGA